GCAGCCGACGCAGCUGAGCGUGGUGUGGCUGCGACGGACGCGGCGGGUGGUGCAGGACGCCCCCGCCUGGGAACCCUCCAUGAGGAACCCGCUGGAGGGCCUCUGCGUGUGGGCCGUCCCCGCCAACAUCAACAUCACCGUCACGCUCUUCAGGGACAACCGCACCAACGACUUCGAGGACAAGGAGUGGACCUUUGUCGUCGAGGAUGUGUCGUCGACGGGUAAGAGACGACAGGUAGCGACGGCACAGAUCAACAUGAAGCAGUACGCGGGGUUCAGUACACAGCACGACGUCAAGGUGAAGCUGCGGCCGCUGAGCAAGAAGGUGGUGUGUGCCUCCUUGGACCUGACGCUCUCCUGUCUCUUCCUGCGCGAGGGCAAGGCCAC